AUGCUGUCAAGUGACCACUAUGAAGAUAAUGAUUUUACCCUUCCAGAAUAUGUAGAUUCACAUGAUGAUACAAAUGCAGCGUUACGUGAACACAUCUCUGACCCGAUUAUAUUAUGGUGGACACCGUUCACCGGAGAUCCUGGCUCGUACAGGAAAUGUGGUGAAAACACUUGCUACUUCACUGUUGAUAAACAUUAUUACAGACAUAAACAAACAAAGGUAUUAAUGUUUUAUGGGUCAGACCUGAAUGUGAAACAGUUACCACUUCCUAGGGAAUCUCAUCAUGAGUGGGCGCUGAUGCACGAAGAAUCUCCGAAAAAUAAUUACCUACUCGUGCAACCGGAAUUCCUUCAGCUUUUCAACCAUACUAGUACAUUCAAGCGAGAGUCUGACUUCCCUCUCACGCUACAGUAUGUGGAGAGUUUAGCGUGGCUCGAGAGUAGCAAAUAUCUCAUACCAACAGCCGACAAGACAGCGCUGCAGACGGAACUUGCUCCGGUAUUCUACGCACAGAGCGACUGUAAUGUGCCAUCAGAUCGUGACAGUUUUGUUCAAUCGUUUAUGAAAUAUAUGAAGGUAGACUCGUAUGGGUCAUGUAUACACAACAGAGAUCUUCCUACACAUUUAGUAAAUCCACUGCCAGGCAUGGAACAUGAGGAUUUCUUUCAUCUACAGGCCAAGUACAAGUUCUCAUUUGCGAUGGAAAAUGCUGUAUGUGAUGAUUAUGUUACGGAAAAAUUAUGGAGGCCGCUGAUGUUAGGGUCUGUGCCUAUAAUUCAUGGCUCACCUAAAAUCAAGGAACUUCUUCCAAACAACCAUUCAGCUAUUAUAGUCAGUGAUUUCAAAUCUGAGAAGGAACUUGCAGAAUAUAUAAAAUACCUCAAUAGUAACGAUGAAGAAUACAACAAAUAUUUACUGUGGAAAAAGACGGGUGUUACAAAUGAACGCUUCCUUAAGAUGAUGAGGGAAAGAUCAUGGAGCAUCGUAGAAACAUGGAAAACUGGCAGAACAAAUUUCGUAGAAGAUUUUGAAUGUUUCGUUUGCAAUAGGGUGCAUAAAAAUUUAAGAAGAAAAGAAGACGGUAAAGAAGAAUUGAAAUUUGUUGCAGAUCCAUCGCAUUUACAGUGUCCGAUACCUGUUAAGUUUUCAACUGGUGGAGGAGUAUUCGACUGGGAAUAUGAACACCAACAAAUGGUAGAAAUGGCACAUGCCGUACGGUAUUUUGUGGACAAAAAUGUUAAAAUGACUAAAGGCGAUUUACAUGCAAAAAUGUCCGAACUUGCGCAUCAAAGGAAAGGAGGCUGGUUUUAAUG